AUGAGUUCGUUGGCUCCUAGCGAAAAGCCUAAUAUACUGCAUAAAUACACGUUACAUGAGGCUCUUCUCGGCUUGGGUUACUCAUUAACUGCAGCGUACGGGUCACAAUCACCCCUAGCACAGUUGUAUGGUUCAAAGGCUACCAUGGAAUAUCAUCACUUUAAUCAUGCAGUCAUGAUCCUUAGUAGCCAGGGUCAUAACAUCUUCGGGAACCUGUCAUCUGAGCAAUACAGCGAGGCAAUGAAUAUUCUCAAGCAUUCAAUAAUCUCAACUGACCUCGCUCUUCACUUCAAAGUUCGGGGUCAAUUCUUUGAGAUGAUAAGAACUCAAAAUCAUAGCUGGACAGCAUCACAUAACAAAGAACUUCUCAGGUCAAUAUUGAUGACAGCAAGUGAUGUCGCUGCGAGCACAAAACCAUGGAGGAUACAGCAGAAAAUUGCUGAACUAGUGACAAGUGAGUUCUUUGAUCAGGGAGACAUGGAGAGAAACGAACUCAAGAUCGAACCAACGUCUAUGUUUGAUCGAAGUAGGAAAGAUGAGCUCCCAGAAAUGCAGCUUGGUUUCAUCGACGGAGUCUGUAUACCACUCUAUGAGUCUCUCACCCAUGUCUCAAUCAAGUUCAGACCGAUGUUGGACGGUGUACGAGCCAACAGACAGAAAUGGUAUGAUCUGAAUGAACAAAGGAAGAGAAGGAAAAAGAGCUCUUAUCUCAACUCCAAGCAAGGGAGUGUUUAAUCUCCAGGAUCAAGGACUAUAGAAAUAAAAUAUGGUUUAUUUGUUAUAACGUUGCGUCUUGUUGACAAGGACUAAUAAACAUCGGAAGUGACUGAAUGACCCUUGACCUCGCAUACAAGAAAGAAACGCUUCUGACAAAAACGUUCUUCGAAAGUCGAAUACCUGGAUUACAAUGGAUUUAAUACAUGGAAUUGGAUUAAUUCAAUUACCGGAAAUAAUUGGAUGACCCUCUAUCCAAGAAAGAAGCGUUUCAAACCCCAAUCUGUUCGAAAAUUCGAAUACAUUGAUUAUUACUGGAAGUGGUAGCAAUCCUUUAUCCCGUCUAGUUGGAACGUUCAUUUGAACAGUUUUCAGCGACAACAGAAAUAAUUUUUUUAUUAAUUCUACCUAAUCUUGAUUUGCAUAUUUUUAUGAAGAUUGUGGUAAAUAAAGUUUCAAUUUAAUUCCAAUUUCAAAAUAUUCAUUUUCAUUUUUGAGUAAUAAAUAUAACAACAAACAUAAUUAUAAUUAUAUAUGAAUUUACAAAACAGAUUAAAAGUCAAAGAUAUAAAUCAGUAAUAAAUAAUAUUGUAAUAAAAUGUUCAAUAAAUAGAUAAAUCAUUGUUUCAAUAUAACUUUGGUAAUUAAACGAAUUACAGAUUAUAAUUAAAAUUUCGUGAGAUUUUGGUAUGUAUAGGGGGUGGAGGACGGGGGCAACCCACUCCCAUAGACUGCUCUAUGAAACACGAAAAUCGUCAAGAGCGGCUCAUAUCAAAAGAUGAAAGUUUCUGAAGAAUUUUGCAUAUACAAUGUUCAAUACUUUUAUAAAUUGAAAAAAGGAUGAACAAUAUUGUGCAGUUCUUUAUCAGAAACUGGAAGUUUCACGAGAAAAUGAUUUUGUCACAAACUCGUGAUCAAGAAACUACAUCGUCAUUUCAAUCAACAGCUGUACACCACAUUCAUUGACCGCGGAACCCGGGGGCUGGGGGCUUCAGUCCCCACUUUUUUUCCAAAACCGUAUGCAAAAACGUAAAAAUGACCAUCUGAUUGUGAUUUGUUUUGCAUGGUCAGCUCCCCUUCCCCUUCAAACUGUUCCGUGGCUUCAGAUUUACUUCAGCUUCAGAAGUAACACUUCCGUGUUCUUGGCUUCAUCCAACAGAUUUUUUUUUUGUAUUCCCAUGAUAAUAACAACAAUAAUAAUCAGAAUAAUUUCAAUUCGAUUCAUUUCAUUCAUAAAAAAUGUACAUAUACAUAGUAAAAUAAAUAAUGAUAUGGGAAUGCUGAGACAGCUUAAAAAGAAACACGUGAUAAAAUGAUAAUGAUGAUAAUAAUAGCAUUUAUUUAUUCACAUAAAAAAACAUUCCUUGCAGCACGUACCUGAAUCACAAAUUAUUUCAAACAAGAUCGAUGAUGCACAUAAAACAUCUUUUUUUUUGUUCUGUCAAGAGGUUGAAUGAAAAGAAUAUGAAGACUUUCUUGAGGAGAAAUACGAUCGAAUAAAUGAUUUGAUGUGAAUAUUGUAAUAAACAAUAUGAAUGUACAUAUUUGUUAUAUGAGAAAUCAAACUUAUAAUAAAUGUAUAAAAACAUUUUA